AUGGCCCGGCUCAUGCCUGUGGACGGAACAGACUAUUACCUUUGGAAGUACCUACCAUCAGUACUACUCUCCGCUAUAUUCAUGGUGUUGUUCACGGUCAUCACUGGCGCCCUCGCCUGGCGCACGUACAAGACGCGGUUGUGGUUCUGCAUCCCAUUCAACGUUGGUGGACUCUUUCAAAUAAUCGGCUACGGCACCCGAAUAUAUGCUCAUUACCGUACCGAUCUCAUUGCGCCUUACACAGUGCAGAGCUGUUUCAUCCUCCUGGCUCCCGUCCUCUACGCAGCCUCCGUCUACAUGUUGCUCGGUCGCCUCAUUCGCAGUGUGCACGGCGAGCGCUUUUCCAUCAUUCGGUCCACGAAGAUGACCAAGCUUUUCGUCCUGGCGGAUAUCCUGUCGCUAAAUAUACAGGGUAACGGUGCCGGGUUGACGGUCAAGAAGAAGACUGAGCAAGUGGGGAAAUACAUUGUGGUCGGCGGUCUGUUUAUCCAGUUGAUCGCGUUUGGAUGCUUCAUUGCCGUUGCUUUGGUGUUCCACAAGAGGAUUUGGAGAACCAUCGGCAAGGAUGAGAGGUCGAGCCCAAAUGUGCCGUGGAGACAAGGGUUGAUGAUGAUAUACAUUUGCAGCGUGUUGAUCAUGGUGAGAUCAGUCUACCGCGUGGUUGAGUACACGAUGGGUGUGGAUUCGUUUCUGUUCGCCCAUGAGUGGCCGGCUUACGUCUUUGAUGCAGCGCCUAUGUGGACUGUCCAGUGA